GUAACUCAGUAGUUUUCCGUGAGCAUUCUGUGGAGAGCUUGGGUUGGGCAAGUACGUUUCGGCAUUUUCUGUGCCGCCAUUUAUACAUAAUCUCGGUAGCGUGGCUGCGGAUCGUAUCAAUUCGGCGCCUCUGUUCGUUCGGGAGCUCCGUUUUCCGUGUAGACUUUCUGAUUUGGUUUGGUACCACUAAACGACGACCAAAAUGCCAGGCUUCAGUAGCGUUGGAACAUUCAAAAUCUUCAUUGGCAAUUUGGCUGAUAAAACAACUAAUGCAGACAUCAAGCCAUUGUUCGAGAAGUAUGGGAAAGUCGUGGAGUGCGAUGUUGUGAAGAACUACGGGUUUGUUCACAUGGAGAAUGAGGAAGCUGGCAGGAACGCAAUCCAGAACUUGAAUGGCCAUUCAGUUCAUGGCCAGCCAAUUAAAUGUGAAGCAGCGAAGAGUCGUAAGGGCCCGAAUACACCAACCACGAAAAUUUUCGUGGGUAACUUAACUGACAACACAAAAGCACCGCAAGUACGCGAGCUCUUCGCCAAGUAUGGAACCGUCGUCGAGUGUGACAUCGUACGGAAUUACGGAUUCGUUCACCUGGAAGCAACGGGUGACGUGAAUGAUGCUAUUAAAGAAUUGAAUGGUCAGAUCGUCGACGGACAGCCGAUGAAAGUCCAGAUAUCGACGAGCAGAGUGAGACAGAGGCCUGGAAUGGGUGAUCCCGAACAGUGCUACAGGUGUGGACGAGGUGGACAUUGGUCUAAGGAAUGCCCCAAGGGGGGAAUGGGUGGAGGACCUGAUAGGAACGGUUUCAGGGACAGAAUGUUCGGGCGGGAUCCUUAUCCACCACCACCACCACCACCAUUCCUUAGAGACAGGCUCAUGGGAGGGAGAGGAUUUGGGGAUUACGACAGUUACUACGACAGACGAGGUUUCGAUGACACCCGAGAUUUGUAUGAGAGGCGGUUCACUGGAAUGUCUGGACCCCGUGACAUGGACAGUUCCAUGCUUGGCCGUGACUUCCCUCCAAUGUCAAUGCCACCACUACCCACGAGACGAGACCCAAUGCCACCCAUGCCAACUUUAGGAAUGGGCACCAUGAGAGACAGUGGAUUUUCAAGGGGAAAUGAUUACGGAAUGUUCAGCAGACGUUCUUCACCACCCAGUGGCAAUAACGGACGUUUUAGUAGAGGCAUGUACGAGGACUUCAGCCGAGAUUCUUUUGAGGAGCGUCGUGUCGUAAAGCUCCUCAAUGAUGUCAAAACUCCGCAGUCUUUUUAGAGCUACGACCCCUCCACUCUAAAAAGUACCGGAAAAUUCAAGUCCUUUUCACUCUAUGUUAACGAUACAUAACGCAUUGGUUUGGAUUGUCAAAAAUCAAUUCAAAAUUAUUUCAAGGAGAUAGGAUAAACUGCCCAGUAGAUGGACAUUUAUUUUUCAGCAAUUGAUCAAAAAAAAAUCUCCAUUCAGGGAUUACGAAUCACAACAAUUAAUCAAAAUUUAAAUCAACCAUUCGCAUUUCCGAUUUUUUUUUUGUAAUUUCCCAUUCAAAAGUAGCUCGUUCAGCAACUGGGCAGCUUACCCUCCUAGGUUCCGGAUCAGGUUCGACGUGGAGAAGAGUCGACUUUGAAUUUGCGUUUUUAUUUUACCAAUUCUCACGAUUUGGUUAAACUUUUUUUAUUUCAAAUUUCCUAAUGUAUUUGUUGAAAUUAUUCUCCCUUUGAAUCAAGGCAAAUUCUCCAGCUUCUGUCGUUCUAUUUGUUAAUAAAACAAUAAAAUAAUUAUUUUCCAAUUUAUUUUCAGUCGAAACAACAUAAUUCGUACAUUGUAAUAUGAAUAUUUCAUGUAUAUUUUUUCAUUUCAAAAGCAUGGCUUUUAUGAUAUUCGAAUAACUGAAUUAUCAAUGCUCAAGAUAUCAGUACUGAAAAAAGUGAUUAUCUAACAAAUUUUAAAUUGAACUGUGGUGAAAGUCUGUGAUAAAAAUAUUGAGUAGGUGUUCUUCUACCUCCUGUAAACUACUGCCGGAAAUUGCCUGGGAUAUUUGAGCCAAAUAUAUAUAUAUAGACAUAUAUAUUAUCACCAAAAAACCAGAUAGAAACUCCACUAUUUUUAUAUGAGAACAAAAGUGAUUUGUAAUACAUGAAAAUAUGUUUCUAUACGUCUAAAUAAAAUCCUGUUUCUCCGUUAACAGACCGGGAAUCCGUGGACCAUCGCCGUCGCGCCGGUUCGCACCAUAUUAAUCCCAAAAAAUGCAAACCGAGGCGGAUAAUAUGAAAAACAAAAUAUUAAAAAACCCUCGUCGUCGCGUCGGAUUCGCCGGAUCGUUGAUCGUUCGUCUUCGUUGCUCCCUCGUCGCUCGCCGGGUCACUACGGAAAACACAAACAUGUGUCACUCAUUCGGAUCAAUACAUGACGGAAAUAAGUACAGGAUAGAUCGGAACGUCGAAAUAUUGUCAUAAGUGAGUAUUUCGGGUCGUCUUUGGUCGUCGUCGGAAGCAGCAAGCCCGUCGGGUAUCCCGUGGGACAAACACUUGAGAAAAUUGAACGCAAACGUUUCAUAAUUAUGAAUGCGAAUUUAUUCAUUCAAAAUGACUUUAAAUUCAAUGAUACAUUUCUCCAUCAUAUACAUCGGGACUCUGCUUUUCUAAAAUGUCUUUCAGUGUUUUUAAGUGUCUCGGGAGUAACGUGACUACUGAAAUGCGGGGAAAACUUUGUGCCGAUGAAUUCUCAGCGAAAAGAUGUGGAAAAAUCUGAAAGACGGCUUUAAAAAUUUUUUCACUCUACAGAAUUCACUUUACGGAAUCGGUAUUUUUUGUGAAUUUCUAUCUUAGCCUGUUCCUCAAUGCAAACUCCCAGUUCAUCCUCUAGAAUAUUUUAUUAAAUCAAAUGUUAAAUUGUGAUUACAUUCUCCCAGUUUAACCCCGCCACUUCCUCGAUUGAUUCUCCUCGUUAUUUAACCUAUUUUUUAUUUCAAUCAUCAAUUGAAAAAAAGUUACGAGUAACGAGUAUCGAGGAACGAAUACUUUCUCGUAUUCUAACGACUACAUUCGGGACGUGAAAAUAACGAGAUUGCACAUUUCUGGUUCCUAGGUAAUGAGCGAGUUUGUUCUAGCUAUUUUUCACAUUUUUUCAUCCGAUUCUAGCUGAGAAUUCAUGGCGCGAAAUAGUUUCCGCAUUCUGGUAGUUUUUUUACUCAGUUUUUCCCCGUUUUUUACCUUGAAAAAUAAAAGGAAUUGUGAAUUGAGUCGAUUCACUCGUGACACCACUGCGCAUCCUCUUGCACCGAUUGCACAUGCCCAGUGGUUUAAGUGAUCGAGAGUGAGGAAGGUUCUGUUUUAGAAAAGGAGAGUUUAAGAGGCAAUGGAACUUACCGCACUGAGAAAAAAAAAUUUCUGCUAAAUAUCAUUUACUUGAGGAGAACUGAUUUUUUCAAAAUUGUGUUUCUCCAGUCGAGUCACUUCCAGGGGAGUCUGUUUAGGUUUCCAUUAUAAGAAUCAUGUUGCUCUAGAGGAAGCCUAAGACUACUUCACAUGAACUUGGAUGAACUCCUCUAAUAAUUCCUCAUUUUUCCUAAAUUUCUCAUUUUCUAGAGAGAAGUUCGAUCAAUUUUUUCAUGUUCACUCAAGGCCAUAACUAACAUGAUCAUCUUUGAAACCUACUACCGACAUAAUUGAAACCCAGUGAGGAUUGCCUGAGAAUAACUGGAAUGGAGAAAUGAAUUGAAAAAAUAAAUACUCCUCUCAAGUAACUGGAUAUUUGGCAAAAACAAUUUUUAGAAAUUGGAUUCCAAGUUUUUUCGUCGUCAGACGACUACUCAGCAAAACCCAAAUUCUUACAUCAUCAAUAAUCGUGGUAUCUACAGAGUAAGAAUUUGGGUUUUGCCAACUAGUCCUCUGACGACGAAUAAACUUGGAAUCCAGGGUCUACUCCGAUGCCCCUCAAGUUCCAUUGCCUCUUAAUUGUAUCAAUAUUUAAACAUUUCGCAUGUGGAGUGAGUAGCUUUCACAAGAGAAUUUUGGACGACUACGAACGACGAUUACACAUGGUAUUUGGAAAUUAAAAGCAUUCACUGAAAAUUCAUGUUUUCCACUCGUCUUAUUGUUACUUUUACAUCAAUGCACGGUACAUUCUUCUCGCAUUUAAAAUAUGUGAGACAGCAAUGAUGAUCGCUAGGAAAAAAAAACAUGGAUUUUCGAUUAUGUGGUACACUUUCCGGCCCGUUUUUCAAAUUUUUUCGGGUUUUUACAUUCGCAAUCGUCAUGCAUGUAAUUAUUGUCAUUUGAAAUGAUAUUCAACCAAUGAAAAUGGUGGCCCUUUUUUUUUACAAUAUAUCAAGGAAAAUUCAACGUGAAAAUUUGUCUUCAAUGCCGUAAAAGCCCGAAAAAAAAUUUUUUCAUCAUUAUGCUUAUGAUUAUUAUCAUUAUUAUUAUUAGUAGUAGAAUUAAUAUUAUUAUUGUCCUCAUUAUUAUUAUGGAUUAUUAUUAUUCUUAAUAUUAUUAGAUGACUAUCAUGAAAGCUCUGAUCAUUAUGAUUAUAUAGAAAAUGACUCGGGAUAAAGAAAGCCAAUGAAAUGACGGUCCGACGAUGAAGGAAUUCAUCAAUUAUUUCAAAUUUACCUCUCAUAAUAAUGUAACUUUUAUUAAUACUUAGGAUUAAUCAACUUGAUGGAAUUACGAAAUACAAAGAAUUUUGUCGGAGAAAUAACUCUGAAAUGAUGUAAU